AUGAGCGGGUUCAGCCUGGAGGCGCUGGGGCUGGGGUACGGCCCUCCGACGUCUCGGGUGCAGCCUCUGCCUCGGCGGACGGCCCAGCAGGUCACGGGCUCGAAGGACAAGAGGCCGAUUCCUAUCGAGACGAUUCUGUCGGACAAGGCUGCGAGGUACGAGGUGGUGAGGCCAUCUCGGAAGGAGAAGAAGGAGAAGGAGGAGAAGAAGAAGAAGAAGAACAACAGGCUGGGGGACGCCAAGUCGAAGAAGCUCAAGGAGGAGCCGCAGGUGGCGGGCAAGCCGCUCCACAUGACGUACAAGGAGGCGGUGGCAGCGUCAUCAAAGACUCGCUUGGGGUCGCCGACGCGCGCUCCAUCCAAGAAGGCCAGGGACUGGGCGAAUCGGGAGCGCCAGGGGCUUCAGAUCCUGGAGCUGAGGAGCUGCGACGUGCAGCAGGAGGGCAUCAGGACGAAGGUGCUGGAGGAGGCCUCGUCAGCGACGGCAGUGCUGGAGGAGGACGAGGCCUGGGGCACGUGGGCGCUCCCGAAGCUCAGGCGCUGGGACAAGUACAUCAAGAAGGACAAGGACCGUGGGCCGAAUUCCACGGAGAAUGGCGGUGUCAAUGGCGGCAGCAAAGGCGGCGGGGAGUGCAUGCUGGAGCCCAACGUCAAAGCUGCUGGUGAUCUUGCGGCUGGCCCUUCGGAGUUCUACAUCGGGGACUUUGAGCUGGCUGGCAAAAAGAAGAAGAACAACAACAAGGACAAGAAGGACAAGGAGGCCGACUCGACGGCGGCCAACGGCUCGGAGGCGGACGCCGCCAAGUACAGGACCGAGCUGGACGCGCUGGAGGGCGGCCUCUUCGAGGGGUUCGACUGGGCCGAGCUCGACGAGUUCAAGGCCUGGCUGGGCUCCAGGGGCAAGAG